GGCAGGGCCGCUCUGUUGCCGCCUCGUCACUUCUCGUUUCUCAGAGCCCGGCGACUUCCCGGCGGCGUCAUCGAUCAGGUGUGCUGCAGUUGUCUCCUAUGUGCAACGAACUGAUGGAUGGUGAAGCCAUUGAAUGCCAACCCAAGCAGGAGCGUUUAAGGACCAGAUGGACAGCACCACUUGAUAAGAUAUUUGCAGACUUGGUGGUGGAGCAGAUUCAACUGGGGAAUAGGCCAAACAAUGUUUUUGACAAGAAAACAUGGAACCACAUACGCGAUGAAUUCAACAAGCGCACAGAUCUUAACUUCAACAACAACCAAUUGAGGAAGCACUUGGAUGUUUUACGGACACGAUACUAUAAUGUGAAGUCUUCUUUUGAUCAAAAUGAUUUUGUCAUGGAUGAUUCUUGUUGCAUUGGGUUUGACCUGUGGGAAGAAAUUGGGGCACAAACUAAGCCUGAGACAACCAAGAUCAAGGAAUGUCCCAUCUAUGAGCAGCUAUGCACAAUAUUUGCAGACUCGGGAGCUGAUGGAAAGUAUGCCCAAUCUAGUCACUAUGAAGAGUUGGACAGAUCUCUUGGAUUAGAGCCUGUGAAGUUUAAAUGUAUAGAAAGUGGAAUUUCACCAGACAAAUUUCCAUCGUCCUCGAAAGUUUUGCUACAAGAGGCAACUUCAGCACAAAACACAAACAAGAAUAUGGGGGAGAAAAAGAGGAAGCGUUCUCUAGACACAGGCCCUGUUACAGGGCAAACCCGCAGGGAACAAGAAAUGAACGAACUCAUGGCAAAUGCUAUGUUCGAUAUGCUUGCUGCUUCAAGGUUGAGAGUUGUUGCAAUGCAGAAUCAAGAGGAUAGAUUCACUAUAACUAACUGCAUUAAAGCCUUGGAUGAGAUUGAAGCAGCAGAAGAGAUUGGAAGUCAUCUCUACUUUGCUGCCUUGGACCUCUUUGAGGAUCCCAAUCUAAGAGAGACCUUCAUUUCUCUUAAAAGCAACAACAUUAGGCUGGCAUGGUUGCACGGGAAAUGUGGUAAUGCCAACUUUAACUUCAGCAGUUGACGUUUGAGCUACUUAUGACCAGAGGAUAAUUUUUCAGCGCCAAGUUUUUGUUCCCAGUGAAUGUUAGUUGGUUGUAUAGAAACGGUCGUUGGCCAGAGCUGAUAAGGAAAGAUGUUUGGAUAAACGAGAGGAACUAGAUUUUGCUGGUUGCUGGUUUAGAGGAUGACUUCGGAGCAGCCAACCGAAUGCAAUUACACAAACUUGUAUAGGAUGGUGCAAUUUUUGGGAACUAAGUUAAGCUGACUGAUGUUCGAACUAGUUCGGAACUGAGGGAUCAAGGGCGGGCUUUAAUGAUUCUCUGGGCUGGAGAAGAGCUUGAGAACAUGGCGCUGGUGAUAAUUACUCCUCUUCUUUUUGGCUCCCUUGUGUACAUAAUUUCAUUACACAUACCAGUUAGAGCAGUGGUCUUGUUUAUUUGGUCCAAACUGCCUGGAUCCGAUCUGGAUGCAACAUGCAUCUCUACUUUCUGAUACUAUAGUAUAGUUAAGCCAGUAAGGACGAAUAUUAAACAAGUAAAACGGAUGUAAAAAAAAAAAUGGCCAAAAUUCUGUCU